ACGUGGUGGCGGUGUGGAAUAGAAUGUGCCCAGACACAUCCAGCUGGUGGUGAUAGCGUCAUAGUAUUCUGCGGACCUGUGUUAAUAUUAAUGUAUGUUAGUGUUAGGCAUGAUGUAGGGAACACGAUAAGGGAGCAAGCAUAAUGUGAUGAUAGAUCUAGAUCUAGCUAAAAUAAAGGACUGUUACGUGGAAUGCUGUACAGAGAUUCGCCAUCUAUAGAUUCCUAUAUCUAGGUUCUUGUUUUUGAAAGAUGUCCAACAGAUCCAAAAAGUUCAAUUUACCUUUGAGAAAUAUUGCCUCGAUCCUUAACUCGCGCAAGAUGUCGGACUCAAGUGAUUCAGGAUUUUCUAACUUGACCAACUCGCCAAUGUCCAACUUGGCUUUUAACCUCAGUGAAUUGUCAACUGGAAGGAGUACCCCGAGACGACGUCUUUCAUUAUCAAGUAUUGACACACCACCCAAUGACUGUGAUAAACAGAACUCUGAAAAUGUGCUGUCAGCAGAAUCAGGGUGCUUCUCAGACUCUUCGUCGUUGGCAGAUUCUCCCACGUUAGAAAGCUUGAGCAUAAAGAGAUUCACAACAGACCUGCACCCAGAGAUCCCAUUGGAAGCUUUUUCAGUGAAAAAGAAAACGAUAGCCUUCAGAAGAAUAAGCUCACAGCCACUCCCCAGCCUCCGAUUCGACAGCCCGACAGACUUCCUGGAGGAGGACAAAGAUGAGAAUGAGGAGAACAGUCCGAGCCAGCCGGAGUUGUUCAGUGAUGAGACCAGCUCACAGGACAGCGGUCUGGGCCUUGAUCACGACCGGAGAGCGUCUGUGGCAAGUUCUGAUGAUGGUGCAAGUGUCACCUCUUCCUCUGUGUCAUCACACCACUUAGAACGAUUACCCUCCCUUGAUGAUGUUUGGAACUCUUUGCAUUCUGUCGACUUUAAAGAACCUAAAGGGAAGCCACCCAAGAGAACUCGUAGCUUUUUAGAUCACAAGCAGCACAGUGAAGAGACAUGCUCUCCCUUGAAGUACUCUCCGGUCAAGUCCUCAUCCCUACCUAGGCCGUCCUUCAGUGGUUUCUCCAAGUCCUUGUUCUCAGAGACGAUACCAUCUGCUGUCAGUGAAGUUUCAAAGAAGAAGACCAAGCUGUCUUUUGAUGACGGUUUCCAAGAACUUUUUGAUAUCGAUGAUGUCAGUGCAGAUUUGAAGACAGAAGCUAACGACCAAGUCUCCUCCUUGAUCAGUGCUACGUUGUUGCAUCAUCCAAAACAUGACAAGGGUGAUGAUGUCAGCACCGAGCAGUUCCGCAACUUGCUCAGUCGUACGAAGAGGCCGUGCGUCCCCCGACAGGACAAUGAGGACAGCACACCUUCUAGUCGGCCGGCUGCAUCUCGGAGAGCUCUUCUACACAGAUCUCAGUCUUUGGACAUCCAGCCACGCUCUUCUUACAAACGCUGUGAGCCCCCUCAAGACAACACUCCUGUCCAGAGCAAAAAGUGGCGAGGCGAGGAUGUCGCUACAGCUUCUGACAAGUCCACUUCUGUCAGUAAAGAUGAUGAUCAUGUCAUUGAAAAUCCUCCUGUGUCUGCGAGACGUUUCCACCGGUGCCAUUCAGAGACUGACGCUCAAAUCAAGUCUGCAGUGUCUCGCAUGUUCAUGGAACCCGACCUGAUUGGAGAUUCCUCCAAGUGUUAUUGCCUUCCAACGAUAAAAGGCAAACAUCAAGAUCUCAAGUCCAUCACUCCAGAAACGUUGAGCAGGGUGCUUGCUAAUGAGUUUGCAGACGACAUUGAAGAGUUCCACAUAAUUGAUUGCCGGUAUCCGUACGAGUUUGAAGGUGGCCACAUACAGAAUGCACUCAACAUUUACACCAAAGACGGUGUCAUUGACAAGUAUUUGAAGUCACCAAUUACACUGAAGGAUCCAAGCAAGAGAUUCAUCCUCAUCUUCCAUUGUGAAUUUUCAUCAGAGCGAGGACCUGGACUGUUCCGUUUCCUGCGACGACUUGACCGUGAGACCAACAAGGAAUGCUACCCGUUCCUUCACUACCCCGAGAUUUACCUGUUGGAGGGAGGAUACAAGAAUUUCUUUGAGCAGCACUCGAACUUGUGUGAGCCCCAAAAGUACUUGCAAAUGCUGGACAAGAAUUAUUCGGAAGAUCUACGUAAAUUUCGUGCCAAGUGCAAGAUCUGGAGUGACGAUCGAAGCCAUAGUCGGUCAGGGAUUAGACCUCUCAAGUUCUGACGGGAAAGACAGACAUGUCGACUCCUCAAGUCUUCAAACUCUGGUCACCCAGUACAGAUGGUAAUGUUGGACCUUGCUGAUUGUCUUUCAUGAAGUGGAAAAAGUUGUCACGAGGACCAAGGCUUGAUGCUGACACGUGACUUAGACACUGGAAGUCUUGCCUUACUGUGCUACAGCAGCAUUUCAAGCACAAGAAAUUCAUAGCUCCAGUGAAUUUUGUAGCCGGCACUGGUUUGUCGUUUGAAUGUGCUCAAAAUAUGAGAAUGUGGAAAAGUUUCUUAAGAAAAGUUUUUAAUGCAUGGAUUCAUGCCUCUAAUCUUAAUUAGUUUUGUAAGAUUUUAUAAAAACUUUGAAUCUUUAAAAUAAUGUCCACACAUUGUUGAAUUAUUUAAAAAAAGUUACUUCUUAUCAUAAUUUUUCUACAUUUUUAGAGCCAGGGAAAGUUGAUGUAUUUGUAUGGAUGAAUGAAAUUGCUUCAAAAUAACAUAUCAAGGUACGGUUUUCAUUUUUUCUAGCAACAUGAAUUUUUAGCUCCAGUUGGAAAGCUUUUAGCUGUGUUUUAUUCUCUAUGAGAAAUAGUGUCACAGAGCCGGAGAGAAAAAAACAGUGUACAUGUAAGUGAUGGUCUUAUGUAUGGGGGGGGGGUUAUGUCUUUUGUCGUGGAUGUCUAAACAUUUCAGAGAGGUUUACAGGAUCUAAAGUUUCCUCUUUAUUGUGUCAAUAACAGUGAGGUGCUGGCCGCGUCAUUGUCUCAGGCAGCGGUAGAAUCUGUGAGGUUUAGUUUGCUGUUACCGUAGAGAGGAUCUUGUUGUGAUCGCUUCUAGUGUUGGCUCUGACCUGCUUCUGCCUUGAUUGGUUGAAGGUUUUGGUACUGGAAGGUCGGAGCUGACCACUAGAUGCUUUUGUUUGUUUCUUCCCACACGUUUAUAAAUUGAGUUAGCCCGAUGGAAAAGAAGGCGGACAGACCUGUGUCUGUGGCGUCUUGGUUAGGCGCUUUGUUGUCGCUCGCAGAGGAUGUGGGUUUGAUGUUGAAGUGGGGAAGGUUUUUAUUGAGCGUGUCCGUCUGUUUGCUGGGAUUUUGUAUCUGACAUCAGUCUUGAUUGGCUGUUUGACCGUGCUAGGCAAAGUUGAAGCAACCUGCCUCCUAAAUGAUGUACAUUGUCUCGGAGGGGAGGGGGGGGGAUGAUGAUAAAAGAUUUACAAUGAAAAGAUGGAAAGUCUCCUCUUUUGUUUGAAAAACGAGUUUAAUCUAGGCCAUGUGUCCUUUAAGAAUCCUUGAUAUUUUAUUUUGUUUUUCUAUUUUGAUGAAUAUAUUAUAUUGGGAUUUGUUUUAAAUUUAUAUCAGUCACCAUGUUCAAGAAUGUGUAAAUUCUAUUCUAAAAAGAUAUAUUAUGUUAUGCUAGCAUUAAACUGUAAAUGAAUGUUUUAAACAUUUGAAGUCUAUUCCUUUGUUUUUGUAGUUUGGUUGGAAAAUUUAUAUUUUUUAAAAGUUAUUUGUUUGGACGGGGAGUUUCUAAUUUGAUUCGUCAAGUUUUAUCUGGAAUUAAAUGAUAUUUUGUGUUUUUGUUAAAUUUGAGUGAACUGAAAACCCAGUUUUUAUUGUUUUUGUAUUUGUUACAUUUGCGGUAACUUUUGAGUACUUUUCAAAUCUCUCAUCUUCUGGCUGGUGUCCUGGGUCAGGGGCUGUUGCUUAAUUUUUGUCAUGAAAAGGAAACAGUUUGUGAAAAAAAUAUUUUGUCAUUGAAAGGUCGACUGUUAACUGUUGGAGAUGGUUUGAGUUACUACUUUAGGAAUGGAAUAGGGACAAUAUCAAUGGCAUGGACAUGGCUUCCUGUCUGUCUGUUGUGGUUGGUAUUUGGGUUAAUAACUGUUGAUUCUUUUCUGACUUUUUUUCAUGGUGUAGAAAUAUUAGGAUUUUUUAUAUUUAUUCAGCAUUUGCUUUUCUAACAAUGUAAAAUGUAUGUGCAGAAUUUUAGACCAGUUUUUAUGCCUUUAUCUGAGAAAACUACACUUUGACUUUACCCGCUGGUAUGUCAAGGGGUGGCAUGUUGCUUGUAUGAGUCCCGAUUUUUGGCACGACACAUUAUCUCAGGCUGUAAUCCGAACUGAUAACUUUCAUCUUGAUAAGUGCUCAGAACUUCUGUGCCACUUGGCCCCAUACUGUCAGAAGUGAUUAAUGAACAGAAUGCAUAAUGAAAUAUAUGUUUUUGUUCACAGCCUGUUCGAAGUAGUUACUGUUUAUUUCAGGUAGAUAUUGGGGUGAAGUUUGCGUUGGUGUUUGGUAGCACUGUGAAAGGUGUAGCAGACUAAAGUAUCUGGUAGUGAUGGUCUGGGAUGAGGUGGUGAUAUGUCUACUGUGGAAUGGUUAUGUCCGGGGUUCAAAUUUUAUUCUUUGAUUCUUUUGAGUUUGUUCUGAGUUUUCGAGGCAGACUGCUUUUCUAUAGAUGGCCUAUGUAGGUUAAUUUUUUUUCCGUGUGAAAGACAGCCUAAAAAUCUUUAAAAAGAUAAGUUUUAGCAGCUUGACCACUGCUUUACUAUGCUGAAUUUGUUUGAUCUUUCACAAAGUGUGAGCAGGUGAUCGGUUUUUGGAAUGACAACUUAAGUAAAUAAGUGCUGUCUACACGUCGAUUGUCGCAUACUUUUCCACCAUCUGUGGCUUAUCACAUAAUGUGGAGUGAUCACUUUGUACUUUGUAAUGGUUAGUCACGUUUGAUUCCACACUUUUUUUAAUAUAUGUUUUGCUGGGUGUUAAUUUAGCAACACUCUCAUUCUCUUGUCUUUCUCUACCUCUUUCUUCCUCUGUCUCACAGUCUUCAUCUCCCUCGUCCAUCUUCAUCCUCUCUUUCAUUCUCUCACAUACACAUACACACAGCAUACUCACAGCACACACACGUAUAUGGAUUGGGAGGUGUUUGAUGUUGCUUUGGUUCUUCUGCUUUUCUGUAUUACAAUUACUGUUGUUCGGUUGUGGUCAUGACAAAAUGUGGAUGUCAGUGCACCAACUCACAGUCACACAGUCACAGGACACAUUGUGAGUCCACAAGAACAAAUGUGCAUAUAGACAAGCACCUGCACAUAACCAAACACACACAUGCACAGGAUUUUUAGCAUUUUAAUCUGAAUAUUAACCAAAAUCAAGCCGUACUGUGAAAUGUUGUGAAUGCAACCUACUUGUGUUUCAUUCACUCACAUGACUGUAUGCAGUUGUGAGCGCCGUAAAACUCUUACUAAACUAAAACUAAAAAACAGAAGAAAGCAUGCACACACACAAACACACAAGCAUACACACACACACAAGCACAAACACACACAAAAUAAAAGAAAGUUGAUGCGACUCGCUUCCUGUGCAGAGGUGCUGGAUGUCCCACUGUAGAGUAAGGAAACGCAACAUAUGGUGUUGGGCUGAUUUUUUUGGAUGAUGAUGCUCAGUUGCAUUGUUGAUUUCUCUUCUCACUUUUGCCAUCUCCCUCCAAUAUCUUGAGAGGAACCCCUCUCAAUAUCGCAUGGAAUAAUAAUUACUGUACAUACAAUGUUGAUACUAUUUAUUUCUUCAAUAGAUUUUAUAUGUUGUUUUGUUUCCUUUGUUGUCUUCAUCAAUAUUUAAAUAUAUCAGUAUAUUAUCGCUUACAUCAGCAUGUUUUCAUCAAUUUAUUUGAAUGGAUAUAUAUGUUGAUUUUGUAUUAAGUAGUAUUUUAGAUGGCUAACUAUAUGUGUUGUUUGUAAUUUAUUAUUUGAUGGGCGUUACUCAAGCUCAACAUUUCGAUAAUCUCUUCUCCUUUAAUAAAUACUGUCUGUCUGUAGAGACUAGCUCUUGUUGGUCACUAUUGCUGUGCAAAUCUUUCUUCUUCACUCUUUGUGUUUUGCAAACAACGCUCAAACUCACAUCAGAUAAUGUUCAUUUCAGCAUCGUCUGUAGUAGUGGAAGAGAUUUUAAGGGUUUUGGCUAAUAUAACUUAAUUAAUUUUGACAUAAAAUAAAUUGUUGUGUGGACCCAGGUUUUCAGAUUACACUAGAACUGUAAAUGACAGAAAAAGGAUGCACUUUUGGCAUCAUGCUGGAUUGCGGUGUGUGCAACCUUUCCUUUAAAAAAACAACCAUUUCCUAAUUUUCUUGAAAUUGAGUCACUUGAGGCUGAGGAGUCUUCGUGGUUCUCCACCUGCCUGACUCUGUUGUAUCAGAAAAGAACAUUGAGUCGGAGCUGGGAGAUCCAACCUCUGAAAUAACUUCACUGAGUUGAAAAGCGUGUUGAGUUCGUGCCUAUCUGAAAAUAUAAAAAAAUAUCCCAAUGGGACCAUCGAAACUUUAAAAAAUCAAAGUCUAUAGUUUGUGCAGUGUUUCCGUCUUUCAUAUGGAAUUUUUUGGGUUUUUUUUAAUGGUGGGCAGAAGUGAUCUAACACUAACAGUAUAAUUAGUAGAAAAUGGACCUAUAUAUUUCAAAUCACAUUUUGAUACUAGAGGAAAGAAAAAGAAUUGUCAGCAUGCAAGGAAAAUGGAUCUAUUUGAAAUGUAAAUUUGUAAAUACACCGUAACCGCGUCCAUUUUAUUAUCCCUGUCUGAGUGCAUGAUAUCCCCUAACUACAACAACACGACUCUUACACCUUAUGUAAGUCUUGCACUUUGUUCUUCUCCUGAUGUGGAAAGGGCAUCGUGUUAAAAAUGCCAUAAUUUCAUUAUUAUUUUUAAGGAUUUGUGUAUAUGCAUGGGGCAGUGAGUAAAUAGAAAUGGACCAAUCCAAGGGAGUACAUCUGGCGGUGAAUUGUCGAUAACAUCCGUUCAUUCCAAUAUUCCAUUUCAAGCUAUAGAUAGCAGAUUUGUCAUGUGAUAUUAUGAAAGGAAAAAAAAUCACUAUGCAGUAAUAUAUAUGUGUACAUGUUUACUUUCAAAAUUUAAAUUACAACACAAAUGUGUUUUUAUCUAGAAAAGUGAAUUUUAAACAUCUAUUUUAUCUGCCGCAUUGUUGUUUUCUUAAAGUGAAAGAUAUACUUAUGAAAAUUAUUUUCUGUUUAAAAGAUGAAAUGAAAAGAUAAAUCUAUUUUAUUUUUCUUUCUUCUUUUAACAUGAGUAUCUUUUGUUUCUGGUCAUGUCGAAAAGAUGAGCAUCUGGAAAGAAUGCUGUGUGAAAAAAAUGUUACCGACAUUUUCUUAAGGCACAGAUAAUUUUAGUUUGAAUGUGCACAUGUGCUGUUCUAUAUAUGAAACUGUAUUGUUGAACAUGAAGGGUGAAGUUUGGCUGAAACAAAAUUGUGACAUGAGUGUAAAUGUGUGACACUUUGCAACAAGGAUAAGAAAAUAAGUGUUUGGUAUAGUCUGACAUUUGUGAUUCAGGAUGUCUUCAAUCUGUGCCAAGCUUAGUGAUCUGAUGAAAUUUCUGUGUCUUCAGCCCUUGUGCGGAGGAAAUUGUAAAUCUAUACCACCAUUGUAAGAAGUUGUCUUGUUGUGAAUGCACUUACGUGAAUAUAUACAGUGAAAUACAA